GGAAAAAAGACUGAUUUUCUUUUACCACAAUCUUUUUGUUGGUCCUUCCAUUGAACUUGAAGAGCCAAUGGUCAAUUUCCAACUAAAUACCAAGCUAUUAGAAGUACAAGAACAAGCGGAAGCCUCUUUUGUGUUUGACUGUCCAAAAUGUCAUAAUGAGGACGUGAGUUUCUGGUCUCGAGGACGAUUAGCAGGUCAAGCCCAAUGUGCCAAUUGUAAAUAUCAAUGGACUUGGAAUCGCACUUCGACAGAGGAUCCCUACGCCACUGACGACAGCCAAGACGAUGACUUGUCUGAUCAAGGUUCAGAAGCUUCCCUCGCAUCGUUAGACGACGACUUUUUUGCAACCUAUUCAGUGGUGAAAAAUAAGCCUCGUACAGACCAAGGGCUAGAGCGAGAUUAUACAAUCAACCAGACGCUGGAUUCCGGGGCAGAAAGUCAUUACGAAUCUUUGGACGACGACCUUUUUUCAGCAGGUUCAAGCAGAAAGGCGAUGGCUGAGCCGCAGACAGCGAAAAGCCGCUACAAAAGACAACGUGGGCUGGACGAUGAAGAUCCAUUUUCAUUCUUAUACGACGAUAUACCAGCGCAGAAGGAGACAAAGCUAAAGAGAUCAACAUCGCGAAACGACGUGCAAUUUCAGACAAACAAAUCGGCCCGCAAGGAAGCAAUAUUGCAGAAAUCAUCAACGCCAGCGGUGAACGAGGGAGAAUUGGAAACAUCGGUGAUGGAUGUCGAUCAAUGGCCCAAGGCACCUGUGCGGCGGAAACAAGACGCGUCCAACCAGGAGUCGGCGUCGUUAUUAACCAAAGAAAAUCUGAACAAGAGAGUGGAGUAUCAGCUUCGUAAAAGAGAGCCGAUUCAGUUUUACAAUCCUGGAUUUGCCGAGAUGGAUAUGCUUUCGUCCGGAUCCGAAUAUGGCCCUGGAGACGAUGAUCAAGACGCGCAAAGUGAAUACGAUGCAAUGAGCUUAUCCGACAGGAAGCGCCCUCCAGUACCCGUACGACCGUCAUCACCCAAGCGCACUUCAUCUUCACGUAAAGCCAACCCAAUCGACAACCAAAAAAAAUCGAUUGCCUCACUGGACACUAUAUCCACAGCUAAAUCCCCCAGACCAAUCCACCAUCUUCACAAUUCAACCGAUAAACUACUGACCAAACCUUCAUCGACGCUAUCCUCAUCAAAGUCUUCAUUAUCUACACCAGUGGUUGUCAUCAAAAAGGAACAGCAUUUGCAGAAAAAGCUGUUUGAUUUCUUUCCCGAGUGUCGACGAUACAAUAACAAUGGGGAUGAUGACGAUUUUAUGCCGGUUGAAAUGCCUGUAAAACGACGUCGAGAUCGUCCGAAAAAAACCGAAGAACCGGAAAAAAGCGAAAAAUCAAAAAUGCAGAGAAAACUCAAAACCAAGGAAAAAAACGACAGCCCGUUAUCAUCGAGUGAAUUGCAGGAUCCAUGGGCGGAAGACGCUGCAUCGUUGGACUUUGACGAAUAUGACGAUACGCCAGAGCAACCCUCUGCCAGGGUACGACCGUCUGCAACGAUGCCUGAGUUGGCUGCACCGAAGAGAAAAUCCAAUGUCCAACCUUCUGCCAUCCUGGAUAACAGCGACAUAUUUUCGGAUGACGACGAUGAUUCAGAGUCCUACCCGUCUGGUCUAGCCGCUAUGCCCGACAGAGAUGUUAUCGCGACCCACGAUGAGUUUUUGCGAACGUUGGAGGCAAGCAAAGACGGCCCAGAAUCGACCAACAAGGACAAGCGCAGAUCCAAGGGCUACGGGCAGUUCAAAACGAUGCGUAAACCAAAGCCGACGAAUCGGUACAAUCCAUUUCUACAGUAUAAUCAAGAACACCGAAAUGCUGCAGUGAAAGAAUUUCCUUAUUACACCAGUAAACAAAUCAGUCGUCUGAUGGGUGACCGAUGGAAAGCCCUGAGCAAGGAGGAAAAGGCGCCCUAUUAUGAUCGUUUAAAGGAAGCACAGGACGCUCUUUCGAGUGAAACAAAGUAUAAACAAAGGAACAAUGGUUAUCCACCGAAUGGAUUCAUUCUUUACAGUAAAGAAGCUUGGAAAGAACUCCGGUCCGAAAAUCCCGAACUGAAAUUAAAAGAACUAAACGGCAUUAUAUCAGCGCGAUGGAAGGCGUUACCAAAGGAGGAACAAGACAAGUACAAAGCAAAAUCCAAAGAAUUACGAGAGCAGUUUACAAAAGAGCACCCGGAAUUCGUAGAACAAUAUCACCGACGGAAGAAGGAGUUAUGGUACAAAACGGUGAGAGCACGCCAGUUCAAACAACAAGAAACGUAAUUUUCGCCACAUAUAUCAUUGUCGACUGCUGUACAUUCUACCAUAAUGUCGAUAACACUACAUUUAUUUUCGCUUGAUACAAUAACAUAAUGUAAUUAUUUCCAUAAAGACCCAAAUGCUUCCGUUGCUGCGAGCGAAUUAGUUGUACAUAUUCCUGCAGCC